CGAGCCGAGCCAGAACACUGGAAAGGCGGACAGAGGGAGGGCAGAGGCAGCGGCCCUCUUCUGGAGGGGGUGGGGGGGACUUAUUAUAACAAAUAUAUACGCACGUGUGACCUGCUUGGCCGUACUAUAGGUCAUAUGUGGAUAACAGUUAAUGAAAAAAAAAAGCAUACAACCGCAGCUUUACAUUUAAAAUGCCUAUUUUAGUUUUCCUGUUAGACACGUCCGCCUCUAUGAAUCAGCGCACUUAUUUGGGUACGACGUAUCUGGACAUUGCUAAAGGCGCGGUUGAGGUCUUUAUGAAGCUGCGUGCCCGAGACCCGGCUAGUAGAGGCGACAGGUACAUGCUAGUUACAUUCGAUGAUCCGCCAUACGGAGUGAAGGCAGGGUGGAAGGAAAACCACGCCACCUUCAUGUGUGAGCUGAAGAACCUGCAGGCGUCUGGGCUGACGACAUUAGGCCACGCUCUUCGCACAGCCUUUGACCUGCUUAACCUUAACCGCCUUGUCUCAGGCAUCGACAAUUAUGGCCAGGGCCGUAACCCCUUCUUCCUCGAGCCUUCCGUAAUCAUCACGAUCACUGAUGGCAACAAACUCACACACAGCUCUGGUGUCCCAGAGGAGCUGCACCUUCCUCUGAACUCACCUCUGGCCGGCAGCGAGCUAACCAAAGAGCCCUUCCGUUGGGACCAGAGGUUGUUCGCGCUGGUACUUCGUCUCCCUGGAGCAGCGACUGCAGACAACGAGCAACUUGGCAGCGUCCCCACCGAUGAGUCCGCCAUCACCCAAAUGUGUGAAGUCACAGGAGGGCGAUCGUACUGCGUGCGAACACAAAGAAUGCUGAACCAGUGUCUCGAGUCACUUGUCCAAAAAGUUCAAAGUGGUGUUGUCAUUAACUUUGAGAAAAGUGGGCCAGAUCCCCCUCUUCUUGGGGAAGACAACUCAGUGGAGUCAAGCCGCUCUGUGUCGUCCUUCAGUCCACAGCUGUGGCACAGUUGCCACAAACUCAUAUAUGUGCGACCCAACCCCAAAACAGGGGUGCCAGUUGGGCAUUGGCCCAUACCAGAGUCUUUCUGGCCGGACCAGAACUCUCCUACGCUGCCCCCUCGCACUGCCCAUCCUGUGGUGCGUUUCUCCUGUGUGGACUGUGAGCCAAUGGUGAUAGACAAGCUUCCGUUUGACAAAUACGAACUGGAGCCCUCGCCUCUCACCCAAUACAUUCUGGAAAGGAAGUCUCCACACAUGUGCUGGCAGGUGUUUGUGAGCAGCAGCGGGAAGCAAAGUGACCUGGGCCAGCCUUUUGGUUACCUUAAAGCCAGCACCACUCUCACUUGUGUGAACCUCUUUGUCAUGCCUUAUAACUACCCAGUGCUCCUCCCACUCCUUGACGACUUGUUCAAAGUGCACAAAUUAAAACCAAACCUCAAGUGGCGACAAGCCUUGGAGAUGUACCUAAAGACGAUGCCCCCGUACUACCUCUUGCCUUUGAAAAAAGCCUUGAGGAUGAUGGGGGCACCAAAUUUAAUAGGAGACAGCAUGGACUGUGGUCUGAGUUUCAGUGUCAUCUCUUAUCUGAAAAAGCUCAGCCAGCAGGCAAAGAUCGAAUCUGAGCGCUUCAUCGUAUCUGUGGGGAAGAAGGCACCACAAGAAACUGGCAUAAGGGUGAAGAACCACUCCAACUCAUUGUCUCUGGCCCACCGGCGAGAUUUUAAGCAGCUACUACAUGGAAUCACUGGGGAGGGUCCACUUCGUAUGGUGGACAUCAACUUAAAGGAGUUUUCUGGAUUCCAAAUCGCCCUGCUCAACAAGGAUGUAAAGCCUCAAGCUUAUCGAAACGCCUACGACAUUCCCAGACGGAAUCUUCUGGAUCAGCUCACUCGAAUGCGGUCGAAUUUACUGCGGACUUCACAAAAACUAAUCAGAGGACAGGAUGAAGAUUACCUGCACAGUAUCCCAGUGGCUCAGAUGGGAAACUACCAGGAGUACCUGAAGAUGAUGCCGUCUCCUCUGAGAGAAAUCGACCCCGAUCAACCGAAACGAUUGCACACCUUCGGGAAUCCUUUCAAGCAGGAUAAGAAGGGAAUGAUGAUCGACGAGGCCGAUGAGUUUGUCUUGGGCCCUCAAAACAAGAAAAGGGCAAAUUCCAGUGACGCAAAUGCAGGUGCCACUUUGAAGAGAAGGCGGAGCAUGUCACCGUUGCUACGACGGCCCCAGACUGCACCAGUCAACACCAACCACAUUCUGAUUGGAAAGAGUCCAGUUGGAGGUCAAGGGCAACCAAAUCUCCUGAAAGUAAUACCGCAGCACAAAGGGCUGGAUGGCAAUGUGGUGGUCACGGAGAGUAAUGGUGAUGUUAUUCUCGGGCCUGAGUCCGGGGACAUUUGGCCCUGUGAGGAGGACCCUGUGACAGGAACGCAACCUUCGCUCAGCUUGGAGGGAAAAGCCACACUAGAAAGAGUGGAUCAGAGGGAGGAGGUUAACAUGACCAAGGAGAAACCAGUGGUCCAGGACGGUCAAGAGGAGCAGUCACUUGAGGAGCGAUACAACUGUGAGCGGCUGAGUCCACAGAGCCAGUUAGAGAGUGCAGUUCCUGAGCCAGCAGUGCUGGAGACCAUAUUCAUACCGCCACUAGAUGGCAGUCAAGCAGAACUGCGAACGCGGGUCAUCAAGGAGGUCCGCAAACCUGGCCGAAACUUUGAGGCAAUACUAGAACUACUGCAGCAGGUCAAAGGGCCGGUCAAUAUCCAGCGCUACUUUAUCCAACAUGCCAUUAAAGAGGCCUCCAGGUUCAAGAAGCGGAUGCUGAUCCAGCAGUUAGAGCUGACCCUCGUCAAGCUAGACGAAAAGCAUGGGACACCGUCACAGCCUCCCAGUGAUCUUGGCAGUUGAGGAACGUCAGCUGCGCUGUGUGUCGCCAUGGACAACACAAGAGUGAGACGCCAAAAAAGGACAAGCAUAGGACAAAAGCACUUCGAUGAGAACGGUCCACAUGAUGUUAUGUCACGUCCUGUUGGCUUAUCUGCAUGACAGAUUCAUUGGGGAUAAGUUGAGCGACUUUAUGAAUAUAAUCCUCUUCAUCGUGACAGAUGACAUCCACAAUCAUCCACUCGACAAACACUCCGCCAUACACGCAAUAAGCCAUAAAACGUCCUCAAAUGGCAGCGCAAAGCUUUCUUCAGCUGGUCUGAAGUGUGCUUCUGAAGCUCAAAUCGCUGUUUUGAAAACAGUCAUUCAUGAGCUCCUAUUGCCACUGCCACGACUGCUCUUUCCCCAUCUCUGUUACUGAUAUGUGUGCAUCUGCAAUUCUUUGAUGUGAAAGCAAUAUACAGUGUGUGUGUGUAUACCAUAUAUAUAUAUAUAUAAUGUAUGUAUGUUCGAUUCCGGCUCCAGCCUCCCCAUGUGGAGUUUGUAUGUUCUUCCCAUGCAUGGCAGGUUACACUCAAAAUCGUCCCUUGGUGUGAGUGUGAGCGCGAAUGGUUGUUCGUCUCUGUGCGAUUUGCUGGCAACCAGGUUCAGGGUGUCCCCCGCCUACUGCCCAAAGUCAAAGGUACUGCUGAGGUCAGGAUUAUUGUCCCAUUGAAUUUCAAUUAUCUCUGCAUUAAGGUCAAUGCAAAUGACCUUUGCACAAUUGGAAUGUUUUAUGUAAUGUAAAAAACAUCAUCACUCAAAAAUGUCUAUUGUGCAACCUUUUGGGCACAAUGACUCAACACAUAGCUCUCUAAUGUCCUGUUAAAACUGCAUUCCAGUCGUGUCUUUCGGUUUAUUUUCAGCACACUUUCUGGCUUGGCUGAUUUUAACUCGCUGUCGGUUUUUAACGAGAUUUGGGCCAGUCCUUCUUAGCUAUGAAGUGUCCUCUAAAAAUCACUUACUAAGCAGCUCAGUCAUUUGAAAAUAUUCAGUUCAGUGCAGGAAGCAAGACUGCAAGACAACCUUGACCAUAUUAUACGAAGGAUGGUGUUAUUUUAAUCUUUGGUUUUAUGUGGCCGCCACGCAAUAAGAUCAGAACUCAAAUUUAUUCGUUAGUUCUGGCUUUUCAAAUAUUGUACUUGUAUGGCAAAAGUAGUAUUGCACCCCUGGAAUCAGGCAGAGCAUUUUUUUAUCCGUAAAACUUUGUAAUUGACACAAUUGUUUUUGCAAAACGUUAUCACUUUUUGGGUAGUUUUGGUCGACAAUUAAAAUUGCAAACAUGAUAUUGCUGGAUACUGCAUUUUAUACAUUUUUUUCCCCCAUUCCACAUCGUGAGACGAUAUUUAGUAACUUCAGACUAAUUGUGCUCUGAUUGUACAAGAUUAAUUCAUUUGCAAUUAUUUCUGUUCAGUUCUUCUCUAUGAGAAGUUCAGAGAAGCUCAACCAUCCUGACAUGACGACACAAUCUCACAAAUGUAUUUAAAAAAACAUCUUAAGAUUUACAAACACCCCGACUGGGGAUGUUUUUGUCCUCAUUUGACAUGCUGCAAUCAAACAACAUGCAAUAGUGUUUUGAGAGCUUGGAAAUGAUGGACACAGAUGUUCGAAAGUGACAAUAUAUCAGUGUUAGAGGGUGUAUGGUGAUGGAACGCAGAGAAGUCCCCCUCUCCUUUGCAGUCACAAAGUUUUCUUACAGCCGUCUGUGUCCAUCAUCGAGAGCACACAGGCACACGUUUUACAGUGU